UCGACAACUUCACUGUUCAGACACCUCCUCGCCUCCACCAUGACCUGUGGCUUCAACUCUGCUGGCUGCGGAUUCCGUGCUGGAAACUUCAGCUGCGCCUCGGCCUGCGGGCCCCGGCCAGGCCGCUGCUGCAUCACCGCCGCCCCCUACCGCGGCAUCUCCUGCUACCGCGGCAUCACCGGGGGCUUCGGCAGCCGCAGCGUCUGCGGAGCCUUCCGCUCGGGCUCCUGCGGCCGCAGCUUCGGCUACCGCUCUGGCGGCGUGUGCGGACCCAGCCCACCCUGCAUCACCUCCGUGUCCGUCAACGAGAGCCUGCUCACUCCCCUCAACCUGGAGAUCGACCCCAACGCACAGUGCGUGAAGCACGAGGAGAAGGAGCAGAUCAAGUGCCUCAACAGCAGGUUCGCUGCCUUCAUCGACAAGGUGCGCUUCCUGGAGCAGCAGAACAAGCUGCUGGAGACCAAGCUGCAGUUCUACCAGAACCGCAAGUGCUGCGAGAGCAACCUGGAGCCCCUGUUCGAGGGCUACAUUGAGACCCUGAGGCGGGAGGCCGAGUGUGUGGAGGCCGACAGCGGGAGGCUGGCCUCAGAGCUCAACCACGUGCGGGAGGUGCUGGAGGGCUACAAGAAGAAGUAUGAAGAAGAAGUCACACUUCGGGCCACGGCCGAGAAUGAGUUCGUUGCUCUGAAGAAGGACGUGGACUGCGCCUACCUGCGCAAGUCAGACCUGGAGGCCAAUGCGGAGGCGCUGACCCAGGAGAUCGACUUCCUGAGGCGACUGUAUGAGGAGGAGAUCCGCAUUCUCCAGUCCCACAUCUCUGACACCUCAGUCAUCGUCAAGAUGGACAACAGCCGAGACCUGAACAUGGACUGCAUCGUGGCUGAGAUCAAGGCUCAGUAUGAUGACAUUGCCAACCGCAGCCGCGCCGAGGCCGAGUCCUGGUACCGCAGCAAGUGCGAGGAGAUGAAGGCCACAGUGAUCAGGCAUGGGGAGACCCUGCGCCGCACCAAGGAGGAGAUCAAUGAGCUGAACCGCAUCAUCCAGAGGCUCACGGCCGAGAUUGAGAAUGCCAAGUGCCAGAACAACAAGCUAGAGACGGCAGUGACCCAGUCUGAGCAGCAGGGCGAGGCGGCCCUGAGUGAUGCCCGCUGCAAGCUGGCUGAGCUGGAGGGCGCCCUGCAGAAGGCCAAGCAGGACAUGGCCUGCCUGCUCAAGGAGUACCAGGAGGUGAUGAACUCCAAGCUGGGCCUGGACAUCGAGAUCGCCACCUACAGGCGCCUGCUGGAGGGCGAGGAGCAGAGGCUGUGUGAAGGCAUUGGAGCUGUGAAUGUCUGUGUCAGCAGCUCCAGGGGCGGGGUCGUGUGCGGGGACCUCUGCGUGUCCGGCUCCCGGCCGGUGAUAGGCAGUGCCUGCAACGCCCCCUGUAGCGGGAACCUGGCAGUGAACACCGGGAUGUGUGCACCCUGCGGCCCCGGCAGGUGUUAGGUGGUCCGGAAGAGCCAGGGAAGCCCCUCCAGCCUACCGCGGACCUGCCACGGCUCCUCCUGCAACUGAGAACAGCAGCGCAUCUGUGGCCUCCCCCCUUGCGUUCUGCGAAUGCACCCCGCCUCCUGGCCACCUCCACUCUUCUGCCCCUCCUGUCCUGCUGCCCUCCCCUAUCUGGUCCAGCCCCUGCUGGGAGAAGAGCUUUCCCUCCCUGGAAGGAACAGGGUGCGAGUGCUUCCCAUGACUCUCUGCCCUCUGGUCGCCCAUUUUCCAAUAAACUGUGAGGCCUGCC